CUGCCAACUCAAUCCCAUUCUUGCCUUCCCCCCCCAUUCUCUUCAAUUGCCAAUUCCUCGCUGCGUGUAUUUUCCUGCCAUCCCCCUUCUCUCUUCACGUACUUGCCUGCACCGCACAACAGUCUGUCGUUGCUGCUCUUUUUUCUUUCUACACUUCCCUUCUAUCUUCUCUUCAAGGUAGCCAGCCACGCGUUUUGACUCUCGAGGCAGAAAAGAGUCGUCCCUGCCGUCGGCUGUGUUGUGUUAACAGUCUCCCCAAAGCAACAACCAUCAACAAACCAGCUUCUCCUUCGCUGAAGCUGAAUUUAUCCCAACCUCGUUGUGUUCUCACAGCCGACUCAACAGAUUAAUUCGUUUACUACCAAAAAGUUUCUUAAGGACUGCCGGGCCCAACUUCUCGCCUUAUAUCGUCUUUUAAUAUUGCAUUCCAGCGCACCGCUGAUAUUAGACCACAAUGACCUUCGCAAAAUUCAUCAUUCCUACCCUCGCGCUUGCGAGCUCGGUGUUGGCACAGAACGGCGGCAGCAAUGACAUCUGCAACGGGCCCUCGAUCACCAUUGUGACCAGCGCCGAUGCUGAACAAAUUGCCAACUGUGAAACAUAUGACGGAGAUGUUAUCAUCGAUCCCACGGCGUCGGGGCAAAUCGCCCUCAACGGGGUUCAACAGAUCACCGGCGACUUGACCUGCAACAACGCCACUCAACUGACCGCCAUCACCUCGGAUCAGAUCAACACCAUCCAAGGAACGUGGAGCCUGAGUGGCCUCACCAUCCUCUCCACCCUGCAAUUUGACUCCCUCACCGGUGUGAACAAUAUCAACUGGGUUGGUCUCCCUGCCCUGCAGAGCCUUAAUAUGGCCCAGGGCAUCCAGAGAGCGAACAAUGUCUACAUCUCCAACACUCAAUUGAACAACAUAAAUGGCAUUGAAUUGACAGCUGUUGGAAGCAUGAACAUCAACAACAACCCCUACCUCACCGAUGUCAAUGUCAAUGAUUUGACCAACGUCACCAAUGCGCUCUCCUUCUCUGCCAACGGCCGGGACCUGUCCAUCUCUUUCCCUAACCUCCAGGAUGCUGCCAACCUGACGUUCCGAAACGUCAGCAAGAUCGACAUGCCGUCUCUCUCCAACGUGGCUGGGUCCAUGGGCUUCUACUCGGACAACUUCCAAACGUUCGCUGCGCCGAACCUGACCCAGACUGGCGGCACUUUGGCCUUCGUUGACAGCCCCAGCUUGGCCAGCUUCUCCUUCCCCUCCCUGACAAUCAUUGGUGGUGGUUUCCUGGUUGCAAACAACACGAACUUGAAGGCCAUUAAUGGUGUGCCCAAGCUGCAGACGAUUGUCGGUGCCCUCGACUUUGCAGGAACAUUUUCCAGCGUCACCAUGCCUAAACUCAACGACGUCCGAGGCGGAUCCAAUGUGCAGACGACGUCGACCAACCAAACUAUCUGCCAGCUCUUCGACCAGGCUCAUGACAAUGGCGUCAUCAAGGGUGUCAACACCUGCCUCACCAACAAGGCAAACCCUGAGACCAACCCCACUGCCACGAGCGGCGGUACUUCAUCCACCUCGACAAGCAGCUCCGGCAGCAGCAGCAGCAACGCUGCUGUUACCUUUGGCCCUGGCACCCCGAUCACCGGUCUCGGUGCUUUGAUCGCUGCCAUCUUUUUCCUCUAAAACAUUGGGUCUCAUGGCGUUGCGUUUUCGCUCAACUUAGAAUAGCUUAAUAUGCGACGGGCGAUGUCUCGAACCUUGUGCUCGUCGGGCCCUUUUUCUGAGCGAUCAACUCUCUUUUUAACGAAACACACAACAAGACUGGGGAGGUUUGUGACUCAGUUCUCACAAAACAAAAGAAGCGCGUGCGCAUCUGGAGUGUGGGGGUCCUGGGUUUCUUGUGUUGGGAAAGAUCUAGUACUGGCAGAUUGUGGUUGAGAGCGAACAGAGCUCCUCAGAGCUCGCUUGCGUGUGGAUAGGCAUACAAAUGAAACAUGUUUCCUUGA